AUGUCAUCGCGACUUGGCGUUUUGGAGAAACAGAUGACAUCAAUUGCUGAAACUCUUUCACGCAUCGAAGCUAUUUCUUUCUCAGGUUGUGGUCAAGACAAAGGAAUCUCUUUGUCAUCACUUUCUCUACCUCAGGUACCUAGUGCUCUUCCUGUGACUGAUGGAACUACUAGAUGGAUAGGUUAUCGGAGAAUAUUUGGUGCUAUUGAGAAUCAAGAAAGUAUGUUAAAAAACGUGGAGAUGCCUGUGUUUGAUGGUCGUUUGCCGUAUGGUUGGAUCUCUAGAGUAGAAAGAUUUUUUCAAUUAGGUCACUAUGCAGAGAAAGAAAAGUUGGCAUUGGUUGCUCUGCAUCUAGAGGGAUCAGUGUUGAAUUGGUUUUACGGAGAGAUGGAGAAAGCACCAAUCUCUAACUGGUCACAAUUUAGGAACAGAUUUCUUGUUCGAUUUGCACCGGUCAUGAGUUGCUCUCCACCAGUAGUGCUGAUGACAAAGGAAUUAAUUCCAGUGAUUAGUCAAGAGGAAGAAACAAGAACAGAGACAAAACUGAUGCAGAGAAAGGAAUUAAUGGAUGGAUUGCCAUCACAAUUUGGAUAUUUUUUGGAUUAUAUGCACUCUAAUUUUGUCAGUGAUGAUCUGCCUCAAGAAGUAUACAUGUUACCAGUGAAAAACGAGCUGGAAUUGGCACUACAAUCAUCAUGUAUACCGACCAAACCUUGCCCAUACAAAUCAUUCGAAAACCUGCUGCUGAUGCUGUUACAAAGAGAGAAGCAACAAGGUAUGCAGAAAAAAAUUCCAAAGACAUGGAAAUUUAAGUAUAAAGGACGUACAAGGCAAAGAGACAAGACAGCUACUACACAACAAGUUGGGUACAACUUGGAACGUGAAAAGAAGGAUUCAAAGAUUCAAAGCAUUCUGGGACAGUGGAGAACAAAAGGAAGUCACAUUCCUAGUUUUCUGCAGUUUAUUAUGAUGAGAUCUUAUUGUUCUAUUGGUGGGAAAGACACAAAACUGCUAAUUAUAAGACUACUUCAACUCUCUUUCUUGCAUCAACAUGGGGCAGUGAUUCUUUGUAUGUUUCCAGGACUAGUUGAUUGGGUUAGUCUGAUUCAAGGAGAAGCUUUAACUUGA